AUGGGUUUGGUCCAUGUGCCAGGAAGACGCUCCAGAGCGUCCAGCCUCACUAGCAAUCGCUCGAGUGUCGACGAGGGCAGGGGAUCUGCCUUUGCUGAAGAUGACGACACCACGGUGGUCGAGGCCGAUCAGGGCAACGUGCUCGGCCACAUCAUUUCCCAGCUUCGCCCUGGAGCUGACCUAAGUCGCGUCGUUCUGCCGACCUUCAUUCUCGAGCCCCGUAGCAUGCUCGAAAGAAUUACCAACUUCAUGUGCCACCCCGAAAUGCUUCUACCUAUACCCGAGAUUGACGACCCCGUACUACGAUUCGUUGCCGUUGUCAAAUUCUACUUGAGUGGAUGGCAUAUUAGACCGCCAGGAGUGAAAAAGCCCCUGAACCCCAUCCUCGGCGAGGUUUUCUCCUGCUACUGGGAUUUACCCGAUAAAACAAGGGCUUAUUACAUCUCCGAGCAAACAUCGCAUCACCCUCCAAAGUCUAGCUACUUCUACAUGGUCCCCGAGCACAAUAUUCGCGUUGAUGGCACACUCAAGCCCAGGAGCAAGUUCCUCGGAAACUCGGCAGCGAGCAUGAUGGAAGGUACGGCGGUCUUGUCCUUGCUCAACAGGGGCAAAGACAAGACAAGGGGUGAACGACACAUCUUAACUCAGCCAAACAUGUACGCUCGAGGCAUUCUUUUUGGAAAGAUGAAGUAUGAGCUUGGUGACCACAGCUUCGUCCGGUGCCCCGAGCUUGACUUAGUUGCAGACAUUGAGUUCAAGACAAAAGGUUGGGUCAGCGGUACAUAUAAUGCGAUCGGUGGCUUCAUCAAGCACGAGAGCACAGGCGAAGUUCUCUACGAGCUGUCAGGGCUUUGGAGCGAGGAGAUGUUUGUUAAAGAUGUCAAGACUGGUCAUAAAGAGAUGUUCUUCAACGCCAGAAGAUCGAAGCCGAGCACCCCCUCAGUGCGGCCUGUUGAAGAGCAGGAUGAGCGCGAAUCGCAGAAGCUUUGGCUGCCGACAGCUCAGGCUGUGAAGGAUCGCAAUCACGAGCUUGCGACUGACGAAAAGACCAAAGUCGAAGACAAACAACGCGAGGAACGUGAGACCAGAGCUCGUGAAGGCGUUGAUUGGCAACCUAGGCUUUUCAGGGCCGUUCAGGGCGGCCCUGAUGGUCCUGAAGAGGGAGAGGAAGAGCUGGAGUGGAUCAUCAACGCUCACAUCGAUAACACAAGCCCAGAGAAGCAGACUGAACAGAUCUUGGCCAUAUACCCUAUUCUUCCAGGCCAGAAGCCUUCUGCGACAAAUACCAUCCCUCCUCACAAGCCCUCGGCCACAACAGAGGCCCCGGCCCCUGCUCAAGCUCCAGACGCUCAGCAGCACGACGGAGGAAAUGACUUGAUCGAUUUCCGCGAUGCGCCAGCUACCACUUCGACAGCCCCAACAGCGACUGCGGCUGCGGCUGUGGUUCAGCCACCAAGAAAUACUCCUCCGGCCGGUCAGGAGUCGCGAAGCGGAUCCAAGGAUAUCCAGGGGAUGCUCAACAGCACCGGAACGCAAGCAAAAGAGGGACCGUUGAUGGACUUCACGGAAAUGAAGAAGAGCGUCCCGCCGCUCAAGAGAGCCGAUACCAGCAACGACAGCUUCCAUGACGCCUUGGAGUAG